UCCCAAAGGCGUCCGCCGCGCUGUGCAGCCGUCAAUGCGGACGCCUGCGGCCUAAUUCUUCUCUCCCUCCCCGCCGCCUAGCUCGCUCUUUCGCUCCCGUCCUUCCUGUUCCUGCCUGCAUUCCCCCUCUCAGGCUGGCCUCCGCUCCCCGCUCCAGAGUAGCAUAGCAAGCAACAGCGGCGCGUUCGUACACGCAUACACAGGUAGAUCCGAUCCCGCUCUACGCAGCCCUAUAGUAGCGUCGACGUCUGCAGCCUCCGCAACACUGUCUCUUCGCUGGCCACGCCUCCCAGCUAGCUCCAGCCACCAGGGCAGGUUCCAGCUGCUGUCGUCGCAGCGGAACCUAGCAGCAAGUGGAAGGAAGGGAAGGAGGAGGCGCCGGGGGCGACAAGAAAUACCGGGGGAACGAAGAAAGCGUAGAGCUUGUGCGUGCCGCUACUGGUGUGUUCGUGGUGGCUAUGGAUCAUCACUUCGCUGCUGCGAGCGGGCGAUUCUCUAGGUCGGAGGCGGCGGACGAGGAGCAGGAGGCGGACGCGUCUAAUUCCAGGCGCGAGAUCUCCUUCAUGCCGGCGGCCGCGGCCGCCACCGCGUCGUCUUCGGCGGCUGCCUCCGGGUCCGCGUCCACGAGCGCAUCUGCGUCGGCCUCGGGGAGCAGCAGCGCCGCCCCCUUCCGCUCCGCGUCGGGGGAUGGCGCCGGGGCGUCGGGGAGCGGCGGUGGCGGCGGCUCGGGGGACGCUGAGGCGGUGGAGAAGGAGCACAUGUUCGACAAGGUGGUGACGCCGAGCGACGUGGGGAAGCUCAACCGGCUGGUGAUCCCGAAGCAGUACGCGGAGAAGUACUUCCCGCUGGACGCGGCGGCCAACGAGAAGGGCCUCCUCCUCAGCUUCGAGGACAGCGCCGGCAAGCACUGGCGCUUCCGCUACUCCUACUGGAACAGCAGCCAGAGCUACGUCAUGACCAAGGGCUGGAGCCGAUUCGUCAAGGAGAAGCGCCUCGUCGCCGGGGACACCGUCUCCUUCUCCCGCGCCGCCGCCGAGGACGCGCGCCACCGGCUCUUCAUCGACUGGAAGCGCCGGGUCGACACCCGCGGCCCGCUCCGAUUUUCCGGCCUCGCGCUGCCGAUGCCGCUGGCGUCGCACUACGGCCCCCACCACUACAGCCCGUGGGGCUUCGGCGGCGGCGGCGGGGGCGGAGGGUUCUUCAUGCCGCCCUCGCCGCCCGCCACGCUCUACGAGCACCGCCUCCGGCAGGGCCUCGACUUCCGCGGCAUGACCUACCCCGCGCCGACCGUGGGAAGGCAGCUCCUAUUUUUCGGCUCGGCCAGGACGAUGCCUCCGCACGCGCCGCUCCAGCCGCGCGCCCCGACGCUACCGCUGCAUUACACGGUGCAACCCAGCGCCGCUGGCGUAACCGCCGCGUCACGGCCGGUCGUUCUUGACUCGGUGCCGGUCAUCGAGAGCCCGACGACUGCCGCCAAGCGCGUGCGGCUGUUCGGCGUCAACCUCGACAACAACCCGCAGCAAGACGGCGGCGAGGCGAGCCAUCAAGGCAAUGCGUUGUCGUUGCAGAUGCCCGGGUGGCAGCAAAGGACGCCGACUCUAAGGCUGCUAGAAUUGCCUCGUCAUGGCGCGGAAUCCUCCGCCGCGUCGUCACCGUCGUCGUCGUCUUCCUCCAAGAGGGAGGCGCGCUCAGCUUUGGAUCUCGAUCUGUGACCUAAAGGGAAAAAUCAAAGGAAAGUUCAACAAUUCUUUCUUCUGCUUGCUUUCGUUUUCCUUACCUCUCUUUUGAUUAAUCCAUCCAUUAUAGCUUUUGAUGAUAGGAGCUAGGAUUUGCCGUUUUCCUUUGUUUUUGGCUCUUAACUUUUUUGAUGAGUUGAUUUGAGAAGAUACAGAUAAACACUAGGAAAAUCGAUCAA